GACGGGAGUUUCAGCUUGCAGCGGUGACGCACUGUGAGCUCACUGAGCCAGCUCAGUGUUUAUGUCUUUUUUUCACCCCACACACACACACAGAGGAGAGGAGCCAGAGAGAAGGGAAACCUCGCUUACCGGCUUUGCGGUUUUCAUCCAUUCCUUCUUUUAAUUACACCUCCUGAUUGAGUCCACUACAUCUGAUGAUGCUCGUCUCUGAACACUGAUUUCAACGCCUUAUUUUCACCAAACCGAUCAUAUGAACAUAGAAGAAUACAUUGAAGAAGAUGAGGAACCACCUUUGCUGCUCCGCUCUCGUCCUUCUCACGGUGUUUGGCUGUGGUGGGACUGCAGCAGUGCAGUGUCGGUGGGGGGAAGGGUGUGUGUGUCUGCAAUGCCCUGCAGGCCAGGAGCCCUCCAAGGCUUGUGGGCAGAUCCAAAGUCCAACAGAGGAAGUGCAAUGUCAGUUGUGCCCAACUGGAAGCUUUUCAGACGCAUUUGACUCUGAGGUUUGCCGCCCGCACGCCUCCUGCGAGAUCCUCGGCCGCACGGUUGCAACCCUUGGCACUGCGACUUCAGAUGCUGUCUGCGGGGACUGUCUGCCUGGGUUUCACUUCACUGCCACAGGGGAAGUUUCCACCCAAAGUCCUUGUGUGAAAACAUCUUUGCACGUCAGGACGGUGCGCACAGUGGGUAAAGGUCCAUCCAGCGGUGCAGGAGGGCCGGUCAACGGCACAGUGGUACGCAGCGCUGAGGAGAAGACGGCAGAGUACGCUGUGUUUGCUCUGGUGCCAAUCUUCUGCGUGAUGGGCCUGUUGGGUAUCCUCAUCUGCAACAUCCUGAAGAAGAAGGGAUACCGCUGCACUGCUGACAAGGAGGGAGGGGAUGAAGAAACUGCCACACCACAGAAAGAAGGUAACAACUGUCCCUACAUAUCUGACGACGUGAAUGAAGACACCAUCAGUGUCCUGGUUCGCCUCAUCACUGAGAAGAAAGAAAAUGCUGCUGCACUGGAGGAACUGCUGCUGGAGUACGAGAGCAAACAGUUGGCCAUGAGCAAAGGCUCGUCAAUCAAGUUCCCCAUGCUGUCUCCCCUGUCCCCGUUCCGCUCCCUCCCCAGGCUGUGUCCCCACCAGUCCCACCUCCACACCAUCUCCGGCCUCUCCGGCCUGGCCCCGAAACACGGCUACCGCUGCACCCGCUGCGCCCAAAGAAAAUGGCCCCCUGUCCUCAUACCUCCCCUGGAUUCCCUCAAAGACCCCCUGAAGCCCCCACAGAGCCUCAUCCUGUCCUCCCUGGACACAUCCAAGGACCAGCAGAAGAGGCCCCUGCUGGGAGGGGUGUUCGUCGACACCCACCACACUCAAGCUGUUGUGCCAAAUACUGUACAGGAGAAGGUGGAGGGGAGUGAAGUGAAGGAGAGGAAGGAGGGGGAGCUGACGGUGCUGUCUGUGGGGAGAUUCCAAGUCGCUCAGAUCCCCGAGCAGAAGCCUGUCACCGUGGAGCCCAAGACAUCAUCUCAGGAGCAAAGAAACUCCCUGUUUGGAGGGAAAUCCUUCUGCUCCUCUUCAUCCGGCAUCAGGAGGUGAAGAGCCAGAGAGAUGGUGUAUGAUAACGCUACCUCGCUGAAGAUGACCUCAUCGUUCGCUGACAACUUGAUAGCUGGCAGAGAGGGUGUUUCCACACGAGCGACACCAAGAAACCACAAAAACAAACUGGAAGAAGUUGUUUCUAUUCAGGCGAUAAGAGGAAUUUAACUGUAUUUAUUAUGACAUAAAAACAAUAUUGUAAUUUUACAGAUGCAUCAGAUAUCAUAGAAACUCAUCACAUCACGGCUGCUUCACUGUCCCAACCCAAAGAGAAAGCGGAGAGCGUAGUUUUGUGAUGACAGAUUGUGAACACCUGACGCGAGAAGGAAGGGUGAGAGGGAGAAAACAAAAAAAUUGCACUCUCAGCCCCUUUAUCUGUGCUUCCACCUAGAAAAACAUAGACACGGGGGUAACACACACGUAGGCUGACACAUCUUUAACAUACAUGUAGACAGAGACAUCUGCACUACUUCUACACAGUGAAAAGGACAAAACACUGUGGAUACAUUACUGACACAAAGACAAAGCUCAAACAACAGUGAGACUGGAACAAAAUCAUUCAAGUGUGUACGUUUAAAAAAGAGUAAAUGUCAAGCCAAGUUGUCUGGGAUCAAGUGCCAUGUGAAUUAAGACUAUGACGGUUUCCAUCAAAUCUGGCUUGGCUGAAAUAUGAACCUGUAUGAUUUUGGGUCAUAGGACACUUGAUUUAAGACCACAGUAGCACUACAGGAAGUAUUAUGAGGACAAAAUGUUAAAGAAUUUAAUAUUAUUUGUUGUUUAUUUAUCUAGCUCCUUUUCCUCUGCUCACACAGGAUUUAAAGGUGAGUUGAGAUUUUAGACCCUGAAUAUGUUGAAUGUAGUGUUUAAGGGACGGUUCACUCCAAAAUCAUGAAUACAUAUUUUCCUCUUACCUGUAAUGUUAUUUAUGGAGAUUGGUUUGGGUUUAGUCGCCGAGUGUUGGAGAUAUUAGCUGUAAAGAUGUCUACUCUCUCAAAUGUCUCUUUCCAGAACUCAUGACCUGUCUACUCAGGAGAAUCCACAGACCUUGUUGUGAGCAGUUUCAUGUAGGAACUAUUUUCUUUCUACCGAACUACACCUGCCAACAGUAUCGUCAUGUAAAAGGAAGCAUGCAUCUACUCAUGGACUAGAGGCCCAUGCAUGACAUGAGCUGUAAACAUUAAUGGUAAAUAAACCUGCUCCAUUGUAGUCAUCAAAGUGCUUUUUACACUACGAAUCACAUUCACCCAUUCACACACUGGUGGGCCGAGGCUACCAUACAAGGUGCCACCUGCUACUCAGUUUUUAACACACUCACACACCAAUGGAGCAUCAGGCGCAAUCUAGGGUUCAGUAUCUUGCUCAAGGAUACUUCGACAUGCAGACUGGAGGAGCCGAAGGUUGAACCACUGAUUUUCCGAUUAGUGGACGACCCGCUCUAUCUUUGAGCCACCGCUGCCCGGCUGAGCUGGAACAAUUGCUAGCUCAGUGGUGCUAAUUUAGCUAGCAGUAGAUGCACACCUCCUUCUGCGCAGUGAUAUGGUUGGUGGGUGUAGUUUGGUUAAAAGAAAAUAGUUCCUCCAUGAAACUGCUCACAACAAGGUCUGUGGAUUAUCAUGAGUAACUGGGUCAUGAUUUCUGGAAAGAGACAUUGCUGUUGAGUUAUUCAAAUGUAUUUUUGGCACUUUGAGCACCACAAGCUGAGUGCCAGCUAGUUCCAUUACAUUUGAGAGAAGGCAGACAUCUCUAUGGCAGGUAUUUCCAACACUCUGCAGCUAACACCAAAACAAUCUAGACUGAUAAACAGCACUUCAGGUAAGAGGAAGAAAGUCAUUUUCAUUUUGCUGUGAACUGUCCCUUUAACAGAAGAUGCACUCACUGAGUCAAAUGAACCUUUGAGAAUUUGAGAAACAUUCACUCAGCGAACUUAGCACUUAGCCUAGGUCCAAGUAAGUGAUUUUGGGGCCAAAAUGUGGCCCCGAAUAUUGUAUCACAGCGUAUUUUUUAACGACAUUGCAUCCCAACGUCAGUUCGAGGCUGCCUGUGCAAAUAGUAGAGAUCACUUUUGUAGAAUAGAACUUGUAAAUGAAUGUACAUAUGUUAAUAUGGGUGGGUGUAGAGACACAGACUUGGCUUUUAUAAUUUUAGCAUACAGUAUGUAUGAAAUGUAUGAAGUGAACGACAACUGCACUGCACCGAUAAUAAGUGACAUCUGUAGUCUAUGAAAUCAAAGAACUCUGUCACAUUACUUUGCAUAAGCUGAACUGCUGGUUGAAAUCAUCAUAUGCUU